AUGGGCUGCAAUAAUAUUAAAUGCUCAGAUCCUAACGAACUUAAUUUCACUUGUACCCUAAAUGGCACACAAACACUGGUUUCAAGCUUAAAUGUAUCUAAUGGCUCAACAAAGCCAUCACUUAGUACUGAAGUUAAAGCGAAGUUUAUGUUUGAGACAUCAACUGAUAAGUUUCAUAAAGUCAAAACACUGGCAAAUUUAUAUUUACAAAAAUAUAAUAACUUUCUAAAACUCCAAGAAAUUAUUGGAAUAUGAGAAAUCGAGGUCUAUGACAAAUUACGAAAUUCAAUGGUUAAUCCCGGGGAUUUAAAUUUAAAAGUUGAAAUCGACAGUCAAGAAAAUCAAUUUAUAAUCAUAAUUGAAGCUGAUGGUUUACGCAAAUUCGACCCUAUCAAAAGCUUUUGCUUUGAAGUAGAAAGGUUUGACAACGAAAUUUCAUCAGCAUUCAGCUAUAAAAAGUUCCAAGAAAAUGUAAAUUUUCUGUCAAGUCUGUCUCCUUUGACAAUAACAUUUUAUUUGUCAUUAGGAGAAAAAGUUGAUUGUGGAAUUGGGGUGAAUAAGCCUUUAGAUAGAAAAAGCUUGACUGAAUUUUUAAGUGACUCCAGUGAAAGGCUAAAUAUAUCGAGAUGGUGCUACUCAGCUGGGAUGCCAAUUCCUAUCAGUGUUCAAUUUUCAUGCUUUACUCAGGAGAAAGGAUGCACUUUUUAUAUAUUUGAUGGAGAUAAGGAUGGAAAUUAUUCAAGAGGAUUUACAUUAUUUGAAUAUUUUGUAGGGCCUAUUCCGGAUGAUAUUAGAGAACUUUUAAGCUCAGCAGGAGGAGAAGAGGUAAAAUGCUCUCUUUCGUUUGAGAAUAAUGGCGUCAAAAGUUUAAGCAUGGGGAUUAAAAGGUUGCCGUCUAUAAGAUCUAUUGAAAUUGGAAAAGCGAUUGGAGAUGGAUUUAAUCCUGAAAGAUGAAGUGCUUAUGCAUAUUUAUUGGGAAGUAAUACUGAGAUAUCUAUUAAUCUGACACCAAAUGGGCUAGUAAUGAAGAGAAUUGCUGAUUUAUAA